AUGUCGGAGCAGUGCUCGGUGCAGAGCAGUCCUGUCAAGAAGCGGAAGCCACCUGCGCCCCCGAACCAGUCUGCUGGAAUGGACUUGUUCGAGAAGGAUCCGAAGAGCACUGUCAAAAUCUUCCUCAGCCGGUAUCUACCUCGAGAUCCUGUGUGGGCGGAGGAUUGUUGGUAUUCUUCCUGGUCUGAAGACAGCCAGUUCAUCGCCGAGCUGCAUGUGCCAUGUUUCAGCGACAAGGUGUAUGUGGGAACGUGGAGCCUCACGCAGAAGACUGCCGAGCAGUCUGCAGCAAAGCAGUUCAUUGAUGAUUCCGAUGUACAACAGACAGCUCAGCGACUUCCGCCGACGAUGCGGAGCAUCAAGUAUUGGAAGCAAGCACACCCAUUCGUGAAGGUCCAAGUGCGAUGA